UAAGGAUAUGCCUGAGGGUAUCAUAGUCCUUUCAAGUCACGACACGUGACUGACUCAUACGUUGGAAUUUGAUGACUGAAAGAAUCGCGUGCCCGCCACAAGUCGCCGCGUGGAUAGGGUACUCCGCCCGUUAUGGCUGCCAAAUUUCCCCAAUUAUAUUGCGGAUAAGGAACAUAUGAAAAUCCUAACACCAAUAUUUGUAGAUUUUGGGAUAUAUUCAGAGAAUGGAGAGUGAAGCUUCACCGGCUGAUAAAGAUGGAGCUGCUCAUGUCGUCACCAGUUCCAGGAAAAAACACGAAGCUGGGAAGGAGAAACGGAAAUGCGAAAAAGCUCCUAAAAGAAUCCACAAGGCCGAGAGGGAGAAACAGAAACGUGAUAAUGUGAACACUCUAUUCUCAGAUCUAACCAAAGUUUUGGAGCCAUCUGGUCAUGAUUAUGGGAAGGCUUGCAUGUUAAGAGAAACCAUACGAUUGGUGGGGGAACUAAUUGCACAAAUCGAUUCUCUCAGAAAGGAGAACGCUGCUCUCACUUCAGAGUCUCACUAUGUAAGGACUACAAGCAUCGCUUCAACAGUCAAUAACUUCACCUUAUGGAAGAUUUUUUUUGUUUGAACUAAAUUUACGGUUUUCAAUCUAUCGUCAGGGCAAUCGUGAUAUACAUUUUUUAGCCUAAAUUUAACAGUUCAUAUAACUUAUUUUAUUAAAAAAGUAGGCACAAGAAAACAUUUUUACCUACCCUUAUAACCUGGGGUGUGCUUAGGCCCAUCCCUUCUAAAAGUGUUGUAACACCUUGUAUGACAGUGUACUUUUUCAUUUACAGGCCACACAAGGACUACAAAUCAGGUUGAUUUUAAUAGCAUGUUUGACAUUGGUGUUUCAUUCUAAAAGGUUGUCUUAAAAGGUUAUGAGAGUAGUCUAAAGUCUUAUAUUUUGAUUUGGUAUUUAACAGAAACGGGAAAAUUCUUCGAAUUUCAUGUUUUUUUCAUAUAUUGGAAGUAUGAGGACUGAUUUUAAAGUUCAGGAUUUGAAAUAUAAUCUGAUAUUCAAAAUAUGGCAACAGAUAAAAUGUGGGUAUGUAUUAUGAUGCUAGUUGUCAAAUGGUCCGUAUAUUUUUUUGUCAAAUAAUUUCAGUGUUACUUGACUGUUAUUCUUCAAUUAUGGUACAUUAUACUACUACCUGUUUGCUCAUCGAGUCAUAUCUGUUGUGAAUAAUGAAUAGAUGAGCAUUGAGAAGGAUGAGCUUAAAGAAGAGAAGCAUGCACUUGAAGCUCACAUUGAGAGCCUGCAGGCUGAAAUAGAUGAGAAAAUGCAUUCCCAGAACACCAAUAUUCAUUACUGCCAUCAAGCCCCUGAUAUCACUUCUUUGCCAGAUCUUACAACGAGUUCUACAGGUCCGAUUUUGGUUAUUCCAGUACUUAAUGAUAACAGCGGGGCUGAGAGGGAAGAAGCGGGGCAUAAUCUCCCAUCCAAUGUGAGUAGGCCCCGCCCUCGGUACCCGUCUUCCUCUGACUUAUGGCCUUCACAUGUGCUAAAACAAACAUCCCGGGACAACUGAUAAAUCUUAGCCCGGUUAGGCAGUGGAUCCAUGAGGUUUUCUAAGGAAAUAAUGGUCUCAUAUGACACCUCUUGAUGUUCAAGGCGAUGCACAUUUUCAAGCCUAUUUCAAACCGGUUUGAAAUAGCACCUGAAUGUUCUGAAAAGUCAGCAACUGACAUGGAAAUUGAACCGGAGCUUUCACAGAAAAGCUUAUCUGCUUUAUGCAAAGAAGCAGUUUGAUGAGGCAAUUUGAAGAAGUUGAAUGUUUCAUUGUUAUCUUUAAAUAGAUGAACUGUGCACAUAUCUAUCGUGCAGUAUAUGUACUAUGCACACUUAGUUACAUUGGAGAUAUUGUGAGUUUUAAUGUUUUAUAAGAGAGUGAGUAACUGAGUAUAUGAUAGUGUUUUUGCUUAUGUCAAUUUCAGAGAUGCCUAUAUUUUAUAUCAUUAAAC